AUGGGAUUUGAGCUGGACCGCUUUGAAGAAGAUGUGGAUGAGGAGUUGAUUUGUCCAAUCUGCAGCUCAGUUCUGGAAGAUCCAUUGCAGGCCCCACAGUGUGAACAUGCAUUCUGCUCUGCUUGUAUCCAUGAAUGGUUGACUCGACAACCUACAUGUCCAGUGGAUCGAAGUGCCAUCACACCCAAUCAGUUGAAAAGUGUUCCUCGGAUUCUGAGAAAUCUUCUCUCUAGGCUAACAAUAUCAUGUGAUAAUAAGCUACAUGGCUGUCUAGUAAUAGUGAAGUUAGAUGCUUUGCCAUCCCACCUUCAAGACUGUGAGUUUAAUCCCAAGAAACCUGUGCAUUGUGACAAAGGGUGUGGGCUCAUUGUACCCAAAGAUGAAAUGAAGGACCAUAAUUGUGUACGGGAGCUGAGAAGCACAAUGUCUCAAAUGCAGCAGAAGUUUGCUGACUUACAGACUGAGAGCCUGGAGCAAAAGAUACAGCUGACGGAGCAGAAGCGGGAAAUACAAAUGUUAAAAGAGUUGCUAAGAUCAAUGCGAGCCUCAAGCUCCCGUCUCCGAGAGAUACAGACAACCAUGGAGACGGAGGAUAUGGUGCGGUGGGUCAACAGUCUGCAACCUGCUCGGGUAACAAGAUGGGGCGGCAUGAUCUCCACUCCAGAUGCUGUGCUGCAAGCAGUCAUAAAGAGAGCACUGAUUGAGAGUGGGUGCCCCUCGCAUGUUGUCAGUGAGUUGAUGGAGAAUGCUCAUGAACGCAAGUGGCCCAAUGGACUCAACACUUUAGAGACCAGACAGUUAAACCGUCGGCAGUAUGAAAACUACAUUACUAAACGAAUUCCUGGCAAGCAUGCUGUGGUAGUCAUGUCUUGUGAGAACCAGCAUAUGCCUGAAGAGCUGAUGGUGGAGCCUGGACUAGUCAUCAUAUUUGCUCAUGGAGUCGAAUGA